AUGUCUACAUCAAGUCCUUCACAUCGCGCAAAUCUUCGCAGGCAGCGAAGCCCCAGUCCAGGCGAUCAAUUGCACCGAGAAACGCAACAACAGCUCAGUCGGCAAGGUAGAUCCAGUCCUUCACUAGUCGAAGAUCGACCGCAAUCCGCGAGUAGCUCUGCGGCGAGUAUCAGUCGGUUCUACGGACUUCGAGACGAAAAUGCACUUGAUAACCUGUUCGCCUCUUUCCCGCAAACACUUUCAAGUCUUCCACACCCUCACGGCUCACAAGGCCUCCACGAGCCUGCAUGGGGCCUUCGAUCCGAUUAUGAAAUAUAUCUCCAAAAUGACUUUAUCCGUGGAACUGGACAAAGCUAG